UCAUAAAAACAACGCAUAAAAAUGUCGAGAGUCUCGUAAUUUACAAUUUAAACGCAUUUCUCGUAGUCAAAUAUAGCAAAUUCUGUCAAUUUUCAUCGAAAUACGAGCUCAAGAUGUCAUCGGAAGACUCAAAGGAAGUUCUCAGCCAAUAUGGAAUCUCGCUCAAAAGAGGCUCGGCAGCUUACAUGGAUGUGUUGGGAAAAAUGGGAAGUCUCAAUGUUUUAGAUAACGGGCCGCUGGGAAUUUCACUGCAAUGGGUGUUGAAGGAGUAUACGGUGUUCGAGAGCAGCGAAUGGUCAAUUGUUGUGCCUGAUGCCGAGAAAUAUGACACGGGCGAUGAUCCAACGUCACUUGCGAGUUGCGAUUCUGACGUCGCGACAGGCGAACCCGAACAAAAAUCAAAAGCAAUUAAAAUAACAACCAAAUCUUGUGAUCUAAAGGGACUUGAAACAUCCAAAAAUGAGCUGAAACUAAUCGAUAAAUACGGAAUUGCGACGUUUGUUUAUAGUUUUCACAGUUCUCACAUCGAAAAUUUCAUGUCGUACCUCGAACGAUCGAGUUACAUCCAAAAAAGUAAACGAAAUUUUUAUACCUUUGUCGAUUACAAGGAACGAGACAAGCUUCACAAGAGUUUCGCGGAGCUCGAUAUCGGCGAAAUAAUGUCGUCGCGACGAAAUCCGGGCUGGAAUAAGUACGGGACGAUGGAAAUUCUCGCUGCAAUUGGUCACAACUUCCUUCCGCGUGCCCGAGAUGAAUUUAGCACGCCAUCGCCUUUGACGCCGGAGCGCGCUUGUGACCCGGCGGAGAUGUUACACACAGCAGAAGCGAAUAAAGUUGAGAAAAUGGUCGUUUCCAUGGCAGGCGGCGACACAAAUGAUGUCGAUGUGAGUCACUUACCUACGAGAAUUGCCACAAGGCGUGAAAAUCCCUUGACGCUGUCGCAACUAAACGAUUUUCGAUGCGACGAUGGGAGUUAUCGUGACGUCGACACAAUUAAACGCAUUAUUUUCCGUGGCGGAGUCGAUGCCGAAGUGCGACCUUUGAUCUGGAAGUUGCUUUUGCACUACGAUUUGUGGGACGAUACCGAAAAGGAGCGCGAAGAUCGUCGAUCUGCCUUGACUGACGACUAUUUUCGCAUGAAACGUCAAUGGCUGAGCAUUUCCGAGCAGCAGGAAAACAAUUUCUCGGAUUAUCGUGAUAGAAAGUGCCAAAUUGAGAAAGAUGUCAAACGUACAGAUCGCAACUUGGAGUAUUUCGAGGGCGAAGACAACCCGAAUCUCGUCAAAUUGCAGAAUAUUUUGAUGACUUACAUCAUGUACAACUUCGAUUUGGGCUAUGUGCAGGGCAUGAGUGACUUGUUGGCGCCCAUUUUGAUGCUCAUGGAGAACGAGGAGGAUGCAUUUUGGUGCUUUGUGGGUUUCAUGGACAAAGUCUUCCACAAUUUUGACAUCGAUCAGGCAGGAAUGAAGCGACAAUUGACAGACGUGAAUACCUUACUUGCCUAUACAAGUCCAAAGUUGUACAAUUAUUUCGUCGAACAUCAGUCUGAAAAUAUGUAUUUUUGUUUCCGAUGGCUUUUAGUAUGGUUCAAACGAGAAUUCUCGAAUUCGGAUAUACUUGCGUUGUGGGAAGUGCUCUUUACGGAUUUACCGUGCAAAAAUUUCCAUUUGUUUAUUGCUUUGGCGAUUUUGGAUGAGGAGGCUUUUAUCUUUAUGGAGAAUAAUUUUGAGUUUAACGAAAUUUUGAAGCACAUCAACGAACUUUCGGGCAACAUAAAUCUCGAGAAAAUCCUAACCAAAGCGGAAUCCAUCUACAUUCAAGUAAAGAAUUCCACAAAAUUGACAGACGACAUUCGUCGAAUCAUCGGAGAGCUGCCCUCGAAGGCAACAACUGACGAAGGGCACAGCGACGACGAGAAGCUGAUGGAUGGCUUGACGAAAAAUGGCACACACGAUAUGGAGACACAGUCAUCUAAUGACGCAAGUCCCUCAAGUAGUGAUAAAGAAGCAACUUAUGAAGUGGGAAUUCAUUCAACUUUUUAUUAGAUUUAUUUUUCUAAAUAUUUAAUAUUAGCAAUAUUUCAUCCGUAAAAGUCUCCAUCUUUCCUAAAAGGACUUAAAAUGUCGCAAUUUACCACAGAAACACACACACAUACACAUUUUAAAAUAAUGUAAACAUAGCAAGGAUCAGUGAAAUAAUAAAUGCAACAAAAAUUUUUUGAAUUA